UUGGUCUGAAGUAUUUCAUAGUGGAGUGGUUGUGGUUCUUACGUCCAUGUGAAAAUGAUCUUUUGACUCAUAUAUUUCUGCCAUUCGCAAUCAAGGAGCGUUUGUAAACUGGAUAUAUCCUUGCUCGUUAGCUUUCUCUUAUUUUAUUUAUCCGAGGAACGAAGAGACGAAGAUGUCGAUGAUGUUGAGCAGAAGCACGGCGAACAGCUCUUUCAAUGAGUUCAAAAGGCAGGCCUCCUUCUUCCUUAGGGACAAGAUCAAGACCGCUCGGUUGAAGCUCACCGACGUCACUCAUGCCCAACUACUGACAGAGGAAAUUACAAAUGGGAAUCCAUGGCCACCAGACACCCGAACUAUGGGCAUAAUAUCCCGAGCCGCCUUCGAGGUCGACGAUUUCUGGAGGAUUGUCGAGAUACUCCAUAGAAGGUUGGUGCAAUUUGACAGAAAGAACUGGCGGAUCUCAUACAAUGCUCUUAUUCUGUUGGAACAUCUUCUAACUCAUGGACCUCAGAGUGCAGUCGAUGAGUUUCAGGACGAUAAAGAUGUCAUCAAGGAGAUGACACAGUUUCAGUUCAUCGACGAGAAAGGUUUCAAUUGGGGAUUGAGAGUUCAAAAACUGUCAGAGAGGGUACUGAAGCUGCUCCAGGAGAGGCAUUUUUGGCAGGAGGAGCGUACGAGAGCUCGGAAGCUGACUCAAGGAAUCAAAGGGUUCGGGAGCUUUUGCCAGAGGCAAUGUUCAUUGGAUGUAGACUUCGAGAAUCCUUCGGUAUGGAAAAUGUACGGGAGAUGGAACUCUCAUGGAAAUGCUUAUGACAACGAGGAAGACGAGUUACUGGUCAAGAACUUGGAGGAGGUCUGCACAAGAUCAAGGAAUGACAGCUCAGAACCCGAGAGGAAACAAGAAGAUGUGAAGUAUUUUGCAGUGAUGGAAGAUCAUCCUUUCUGUGACAAUGGGCAUCAGGGCACCGAAUCCCUUCUUUCGAAAAAACUUAGAUAGAUUUGAUUUGUUACCGAUGCGUUCUAUAUGGUCGAUUACAGCUCGUAAUUUCUGUUCAUUUUCAGUUUCGUUUCGGCAGGUUUAGGUUGGGAACCUGAGACUUGGGAGUGCUUGAGAAAGUGGGUACAUAGUUACAUAGUUUCUGUUACAGUCUCCCAUCACUGCAUUGAGAUUUAAUUGAUUCGUAUGGGC